UUAAUUUGUAUUUUAAUUUAUUAUUCUUGAUCAUGGUUUUGCAAAAUACAGGAAAAUUUAGAGCAGAGAAAAGUGAAAACAAAAAGGAUGCUGGUCCAUCCUCACUUAGCAGAGAAGAAUCUUCAGAGUCCAGAAUUCGUAUCGCUGUCGAUAAUGACAGAAUUGAUUCUAAAUAUGGAUUCGAAAGAGUACGUGAUACAAAAGAACGCACUGGCUACCUCAUUAACAUGCAUACUGCUGAAAUACUGGAUGAAGAUAAAAGACUGGUUGCAGCGAUGGACUAUUAUUUUAUUGAAAUGGAUGGUUCUCGGUUCAAAGUGUCCCUCAUGUUUCAACCUUACUUCCUUAUAUCAUCAAGAAAAGAAUGUGAACAGGAGGUCAUUCAGUAUUUGUCAAAGAAAUAUGCAGGAACUAUACACAAAAUAGACAUUGUUGAGAAGGAGGAUUUGGAUUUGCUUAAUCACUUGUCGGGACUAAAGCAGCGUUACAUUAAGCUCUCAUUUAUGUCCCAAAAUGAAUUAAUGAAAGUGAGAAGAGAGAUACUGACUGCUGUAAAUAAAAAUAAAGAGAGAGAAAAGAAAGACGCUAUUUAUUCUGAAAUGUUAACUAAUGCUCUGACCAGUGCUGCUGCUAUUGAGCAUGCAAAGAAAACAACAGAUCAUAUGGAGAAUAUUAUUGAUAUCAGAGAACAUGAUGUACCAUAUCACGUAAGAGUUUCAAUAGACUUGAAAAUAUUUUGCGGCACUUGGUACACGGUAAAGAGUCGUGGCACUGAAAUACCGAUAUUUACGAAGAGAGAUGAUAUAAUUGAACGGCCGGAUCCUAUUGUUCUGGCUUUUGAUAUUGAGACUACAAAGUUACCACUAAAGUUCCCGGACUCACAGACGGAUCAAAUCAUGAUGAUAUCGUACAUGAUUGAUGGACAAGGAUAUUUGAUCACUAAUAGAGAGAUUAUAUCCACUGAUGUUGAAGAUUUUGAAUAUACGCCUAAGCCGGAGUUUGAAGGUCAAUUCAUAGUGUUUAAUGAGGUUAAUGAAUUGGCCCUGAUUCAAAAGUUUUUUGACCACAUCAUGGAUGUUAAGCCGCACAUUUUUGUAACAUACAAUGGUGAUUUCUUCGACUGGCCUUUCGUGGAGGCGCGCGCGGCCACUUUAGGCUUGGACAUGAAACAAGAGAUUGGCUUCAGCAAGAUCUCCGCUAGAGAUGGGACGUAUGGUUGCAGACCGGCCAUGCAUAUGGACUGUUUGUGUUGGGUGAAGCGAGACUCAUAUUUGCCAGUUGGUUCUCAAGGACUGAAGGCGGUUGCGAAGGCCAAGUUGCGUUACGACCCCGUGGAGCUCGACCCUGAGGAUAUGUGCAGAAUGGCAGCGGAACAACCACAGGUGUUAUCCAACUAUUCAGUAUCAGAUGCAGUAGCUACAUACUACCUUUAUAUGAAAUAUGUUCAUCCGUUCAUCUUUGCUCUCUGCACCAUCAUACCUUUGGAACCUGAUGAGGUACUGCGGAAAGGUUCUGGGACGUUAUGCGAGUCUUUAUUAAUGGUGGAAGCAUUCCAUGCAAAUAUUGUAUUCCCUAACAAACAAGUGGAGGAACUAAAUAAGCUGACUGCAGACGGACAUGUGCUGGAAUCAGAGACGUAUGUCGGUGGACAUGUUGAGGCACUGGAAUCAGGUGUAUUCCGUGCUGAUAUCAAAUGCAAGUUCCGUAUAGUACCAUCAGCUGUGGACAAACUCAUAGAGACAACAGAGAAGACUAUGAAACACGCUAUAGAGGUAGAAGAAGGUAUACCAUUGGAGCUGGUCACCAACUUUGAUGAGGUUUGCGCAGAAAUCAAAGCCAAAUUACAGCACAUGAAAGAUCAUCCCCGGAGAGAUGAGAAUCCAUUAAUAUACCAUUUGGAUGUCGGCGCUAUGUAUCCCAAUAUUAUAUUGACUAACAGAUUGCAGCCAUCGGCAAUGGUUAACUCUAGUAUUUGUGCGGUGUGCGACUACAACCGACCGGAUGCCGUCUGCCAGCGACAUAUGGAUUGGAUGUGGCGCGGAGAAUACUUGCCAGCAACAAGAAGUGAAUACCAACGUAUCCAGCAGCAAUUGGAGACGGAGAAGUUCCCUCCACUGCAUCCUGGUGGUCCCACCAGAGCCUUCCACGUUUUACCUAAAGAAGACCAGGCUGCAUAUGAAAAGAAGCGUCUAGCUGAUUAUUGUAAGGUGGCGUACAAGAAAACUAAAGUUACACGAACAGAAGUCAGAACUACAACUGUCUGUCAGAAGGAGAAUUCCUUCUACGUCGACACAGUACGAGCAUUUAGGGACCGUCGUUACGAAUACAAGGCGUUAAACAAACAAGCCAAAGCGAUGGUGUCGGCGGCCAUAAAGAGUGGCGAUGCGGCUGACAUCAAGAGUGCCAAGAGUCGUGAAGUCUUAUACGACUCACUGCAGCUCGCGCACAAAUGUAUCCUAAAUUCCUUCUACGGAUAUGUCAUGAGACGCGGAGCUCGCUGGCACAGUAUGGAGAUGGCGGGGAUCGUUUGCUACACAGGCGCAAAUAUAAUAAUGCGAGCUCGUGAGAUCAUCGAACAAGUUGGACGUCCGCUAGAAUUGGAUACUGACGGUAUUUGGUGUGUACUGCCAGCCUCGUUUCCAGAAAACGUAACUAUAACGAGCACUCACGAGAAGAAGAAGAAAAUUAACGUGUCCUAUCCUAACGCAGUACUUAAUGCUAUGGUCAAGGAUCAUUUUACAAAUGACCAAUACUUUGAGUUGAAAGAUGCGGAGACAAAAACCUAUGAACAACGAGCAGAAAACUCUAUAUUCUUUGAAGUGGACGGACCCUACCUCGCUAUGGUAUUGCCCGCCUCUAAAGAGGAGGGCAAAAAGUUGAAGAAGAGAUAUGCUGUAUUUAACUUUGAUGGUUCACUUGCUGAACUGAAAGGUUUUGAAGUAAAACGUCGCGGUGAAUUGCAAUUGAUAAAGAUCUUUCAAUCAUCAGUAUUUGAAGCAUUUUUAAAGGGAAAUGACUUAAAGUCUUGUUAUAGUGCAGUCGCGAAAGUAGCUGAUUAUUGGCUAGAUGUGUUGUACAGUAAGGGCUCGAAUAUGCCCGAUUCGGAACUGUUUGAAUUGAUAUCAGAAAAUAGAUCAAUGUCUAAGAAGUUAGAAAACUACGGAGGGCAGAAGUCCACUUCUAUAUCGACUGCUAAAAGAUUGGCUGAGUUCCUCGGUGAUGAGAUGGUCAAAGAUGCUGGUUUAGCUUGCAGAUUUAUAAUAUCGCGCAAGCCGGAGGGUGCUCCGGUGACGGAGCGCGCGGUGCCGCUGGCCAUCUUCCAGUCUCCGGCGGGUGUACGUCGACAUCACCUUCGACGUUGGCUGAAGGACCCUGGUGUGUCUGAUGAUGUUGAUAUACGAGAUGUACUCGACUGGGCAUACUACAUAGAAAGACUUAGCGGUGCUAUACAGAAGAUUAUCACCAUACCAGCCGCUAUGCAAGGGUUGGACAACCCAGUACCAAGAGUUCAGUAUCCUGACUGGCUGCAUAAGAAAAUGCUUGCCAAGACUGAUAAAUUCAAAACCAGGAAGAUCACGGAUAUGUUCAGUGCUAAACCUAAAGAUGUGCAGCAGAACCAAGAUGAUGAUGCGGGAGGGAGUCAUGUUGAUGAUUCUGGUAAUACGGAAAUGGAUAUUGAAGAUAUUGGCAAAGCGUCUACAAAUAAAAGUCCUAUACGACCAAUAGUUCAUAAAGUUAAGAGGAAACGUGAAGAAUCGCCUACUAAAGAAUUCGCCACGUGGAGGGAAGCUUUGGGAUCGCCUCCGCCAUUUGGUGAUACAAGAGAAGAACGCAUUGCAUGGAUUGUUUUUCAAAAGAAGAAAUGGAAAUGGCAAAUGGAACAAAGAGGUUUAGCAAAUAGAAAUAAAAGAGGUAAAAUGGAUAAAUCACCAGCUAUACCUAAAAGUACUGGUCCUGUUAACACAUUGGGUGGGUUUUUGAAGAGAGCCCAACGUACAUUAUUGAAUACUCCCUGGCAGAUUAUACAGGUAUCGGAAACAUCAGAGCCUGGUCUAUUCAGACUAUGGGCGUUAGUUGGUAACGAGUUACAUCAGAUCCGUCUGACAGUACCUCGUAUAUUUUACGUAAACCAGCGCGUGAGUCGCGACAGUGACAGCGGCAGGUAUUGGAAGAGGUGUACCAGAGUGCUGCCGCGUGCUCAUCCAGCACUGCAUCUCUACCAGUAUACUGUCCCUGAACAGAUAUAUAGAGAACAUCAGGAGGAAUUAAUGGGAGAGUUAUCCGCUCCAGAGAUCGAAGGCAUUUACGAGACUCAGAUGAGUCUUGAGUUCAGAGUGUUAGUGCAACUUGGCUGUAUCUGUGCAGUCGAUCCGCAGGAGGCGAGAAAGAUGCUUCAAAGUGGUUCAAACAUUAUGGAUACGUUCACUUUGAGCCAACUUCAAUUCAAGAGUGUUGCACAUCAGCCAUAUUUACCAAAACAAGAUGGCGUAUCUCCUGUGAAACAUAUAUUCCUGUAUCAACAUUCAGCUUUAAACUCAAGUAGAAGUAUGUGGGCGUUAAUACUUGGCCCUAUUAAAAAAGCUUACAUAUUUGUACUUGAUACAGUAAAGACGAAUCAACUACCUAAUAUGAAUACAUUGUUUGCUGCGGAACGUACAGCUAAGAUAAAGUUAGGCACAGCUGAGAGUGAGCUGGUGGGAGGCGAUCUGACGUGGGAGACGGUGGUGGAGAGUGAGGGUCGUGCUGUGUGGCGGGGAGUGGGGCGCGCACUGCAGCGGUACCGGGACGAGCGCUGCGGAGCCACGCUGCUCGCGCUGCAGACUGCGCUCUCGCCUGCAGCACUGCUCACACUGGUCCCAGGUCUGUCAGAAUUUCCUUUGGUGCCGCUGCAUGUGCGCGACGUGGAGACAUUGUACAGUACACUGGAGUGGCAGCGUAUCGGCGCACGCGCAAUCGUCCGACACUACCUCAAUCUGGAUUCCGUCUUGAAUAUGACCAUUGAACAAUGCAGAUAUUUCCACGUACCUGUUGGCAAUAUGCCAUCAGACCCGACACUGUUCGGAGCGGACCUGUUCUACGCGAGACAUCUCAUCAAGAACAACUUUGUACUCUGGUGCUCUAAUUUGGAGAGACCAGAUCUGGGCGGCAGAGAAAUUGAUGAUAAUAGGUUAGUAAGUGAAGUAGAGGAGAUGUCUGGAUGUACGCACAAUGCGAGCGGUGCAUACGGAGUCUGCGUGGAGUUGGAGAGUGAUGCUCUGAGCGUGUGCGCGUUGCUGCAAGCUCAGCAUGUACUGCAUGCUGAAGGUACCAGCGCCGCCACGUCAUUUGGUGCCCAACACAAUACUAUACAAGAUGCGAUCACUUCCACUACGGGUGCGAGUGCAACGACGAAUUACGACGAGGCGGCGCAAUGCAGUGCCGCGUUUAAGAUCCUGCGCACAAUGAUCGCGUCCUGGCUGCGUGACGUCACACUAUACAAGAACGUCUUCGCUGAUUAUCAGAUAUCGCACUUUUAUAGAUGGCUGAAAACACCAACGUCUCUACUGUACGAUCCUGCGCUACGUCGCACUUUGUACAACCUGAUGAAGAAGCUCUUCCUCAUGCUGGUGGCGGAGUUCAAGCGGCUCGGCUCAGCCAUCGUGUAUGCUGACUUCAAUAAGAUACUGCUCUAUACUAAGAAGAAUAAUGUCAUGGAUGGUAUCGGAUAUGUGGAGUUCGUGGUGCAGAGCAUCAGGAACAAGGAGUUGUUCCACGGCAUCGACAUCCGCUACAAGCAGUGCUGGUCCUACCUGCUGUGGCUGGAUGAAGCAAACCACGCCGGCAUACAGGGAAAGUUGCCAGCGGGUUUAGUGGAAGUUGGCUCAUCACAAGUACCGGCACCAAGUGAGAGUAAUUCACAAGAUGAGGGUGAGGUGACGAUGCAGUGGAACUUAGCGGAGUUCCUACCACAUGCGGUACGGGAACAGUUCACAGCAGCAGUGGCGGGCUUCCUCAGCGCCGCGUACUCCGCCCCGGAUAAACUGCCCGCUUUAGUAGCUGGAGAGAUCUCACAGAAAUUGUUUCGUGUGACAGAGAAGAUAAACACACGUAUGCCGGGGCUUCGCCCUGGUGAUAUCUCGCCGCAGCCAGGACUGCGAGCUGACGCCUUCACUGAAGACUCUACACCAGCUCUGCUGUUUGUUAAUGCUGUCUGCAAAGUGCUGUCACUUGAUGCUUCCAUUGAGGAUCAGGUGACAUUAUUACGUCGUAACUUGCUUCGUCUGAUCGGUGUUGGUGAAUUUGGUAGUGCGGCGCAGUGGCGUGAGCCUUGCACCUCAUGCGUACUACCUGAACUUAUCUGCAACGUAUGUAAUGCCUGCAGAGACCUCGACCUUUGCAGGGACACUCAUAGAGACAUUGUUAAUGAUACGCCAGUAUGUCUGUGUCCCACUUGUGGAACUCCUUACGAUAACCAGGAGUUGGAAUGGAGACUUAUCGAAGUCAUGAACAGGCGAGCAAUGACUUACACACUACAAGACCUUGUUUGUACCAGGUGCCAUCAGGUGAAAAGAGAAAAUCUAGCUGUUGUUUGCGACUGCGCUGGUGAUUUUGCACUCAUGGUCCCGCAGAAAGAAAUCCAGACACAACUCAUUACAUUCAAAACCAUUGCUGAAUUCUACAAGAUGCCAUUAUUAUUAGAACUUAUUGAAUUCAAUUUAAGUAACAUGUGAUAUAAUAUUUAAGAUGUACAGUAAGCUUCGCUAGCAGUAUUCCAUCUUUAAAGAGAUAGUAGAUUUAACAGCUUAGAUGAUUU